AUGUCUACAAUGUAUUCAAGUGAUGACUACAAUGAGGGUGGUUAUGAGUCCUACGGUGACUAUGAACCACACACCGGAGACCCCCAGUAUGACUUGGAGUAUGACAGAUCAUACUAUCAAAUGCCCGACAUGGUCAAGAAAUUUUUGGUGUACUUCCGAAACAUGAUCACGGAAGGGGUGACGUUUGAGAUUUUAAACCUCUAUGAGAAUACCUUCCCGAAGCUCACUGAGCAAUUUUUUGAAAAUACACCUUGGCCAUCAGAGAAAGAAGUGGCUCCAGUGGUAGAUAAUGACCAUGUGUUCAUGAUCCUCUACAAAGAGUUGUAUUACCGAGAUAUUUAUGCUCGUGUGCCGGGCGGGCCUAAACCCGAGCAGCGUUUCCUAUCAUUCUAUAACUACUGUGACCUGUUCAACUACAUUCUCUCAGCCGAGACUCCUGUUCCCUUAGAAUUGCCCGACCAGUGGCUGUGGGAACUCAUUGACGAGUUUGUCUAUCAAUUCCAGUCUUUUGCUCAGUAUAGGUCCCGUGCAACCAAGCUGAGUGAAGCUGAGAUUGAAGCUCUGAACACCGAGAAUAAGGCGUGGAGUGUGCUGGUCAUACUCAAUGUAUUGCAUUCUCUUGUUGAUAAAUCCAAUAUUAAACGCCAAUUAGAGGUGUAUGCGGCUGGUGGUGAUCCCGACUCUGUCGCAGGUGAAUUUGGUCGUCAUUCCCUUUACAAGAUGUUGGGAUACUUUUCCCUUGUGGGUUUGUUGCGGCUACACUCACUGCUUGGAGAUUAUUACCAAGCUAUUAAGGUGUUGGAGAACAUCGAAUUGCACAAGAAAUCCCAGUAUUCCCAUGUACCAGCGUGCCAGAUCUCUACUUCAUACUAUGUGGGCUUCGCAUACAUGAUGAUGAGGAGAUAUGCUGAUGCUAUCCGCACUCUGUCAUCAGCACUUCUGUACAUGCAGCGUACUAAACAGCUGUUUUCAUCACGUUCAUACCAGAAUGAUCAGAUCAACAAGCAAACUGAACAGAUGUAUCACCUGCUGGCUAUAUGUCUUGUACUGCAUCCACAGUGUGUCGAUGAGUCCAUACAACAGGUGCUCCGUGAGAAGAAUUAUCAUGAGAAAAUGUUCAAGAUGCAAUACGGUGACUUGGGCGAGUUCGAGACAUGUUUCACGUUCGCGUGUCCCAAGUUCCUGUCUCCCUGUCCUCCGCCCAUCGAGCCGGGCUCCAACUACGGCCGGGACGCUGUGAAGCAUCAGACGCAGGUGUUCAUGGACGAGGUCCGUCAACAGAAGAUGCUUCCAACGAUCCGUUCGUACCUCAAGCUAUAUACGACCCUUCCUUUGGCUAAGCUGGCUGCUUUCAUGUCAGCUGCUCGCGGCGGUGAGAGGGACGCAGCUCGAGAACACGCCGCCCUCGCCAUACAUUUGUUGUGCUUCAAACAUAAGAUGAAGAACGUGGUCUGGACUAAAGGACCUAGCGGAUUGGAUGGAAAGUUCCAGAGUGGCUCUGAGUUGGACUUCUUUAUCGAUAACGACAUGAUCCACAUCGCCGACACUAAAGUGGCUCAUCGUUACGGCGACUUCUUCAUCCGCAAGCUUCUUAAAUUUGAAGAAUUGAACCGCAAACUACACCACAUUAAAAUAUAA